AUGGCCGCAGGCGCGGGGCCGCCCCUCCCCGCGCCGCUCUCGGCCCUCCUGCGGCUGCUGGCGUGGUGCGCCUGCUGCCGGGCGGUCCAGGUCCCACCCGUGCCUGGCCCGCCCGCUCCGCUGCCGGAGGAGGCGGGGCCGGCGGCGGCGCGCGUGGUGCUGGCGCCGCGGGAGGUGGAGGUGGUGCUGGAGCGGCUGGACGCGGAGGCCGAGGCGGACGUCGCUCGGAGGGACGCCGAGCGGAGGCUGGAGCGGCUGGAGCGGCUGGGCGAGGAGGCCGAGGCGGGGCUGCAGCGGGCGUGGGCCCGGGCGGAGCUGGAGCGGCUGGACGCGGAGGCCGAGGCGAGGCUGGAGAGGCUGAGCGCGGGGCCCGGGCUGGGCUCCGAGGCCGCGGACGGGGGGCCUCGGCGGCUCUCCGCGGCGGGCGCCGCCAGGGCCCGGGCGCGCCCCGAGGAGGGCUGGGCCGGAGGGCCGCCGAGCUCGCCAGAGGAGGAGGAAGGAAACGCCACGGAGCCCAUGGGAUCUCCAGAGGAGGCUAUGUAUGAGGUGGAGGAGGAGGAGGUGGAGGAGAAGGACGCCGACAAGGGCCACGCGAGAUUGAUGGCAGGGGCAGUGCAUCUGGUUGGGCCAGGCCAAGGGUCCGACGAGUUGGCAGCGGAGGCGUUCCGCAAGGGUGCGCCGAGCUGGCCGGAGCAGGCCGUGAAUUUAGAAGAGGACGGCCGCGCGACGGCACGGCUGGCUGGCACGAUGGAGGCCGAGGUGUGGACGCGUGAUGGCUCGGCCGGCCAGGAUCGCACCAGCCGGCGAGACGCCGAGGACUCUCCCGUGACGCCGCUGGCAUGCGCCAGCGCCUUCUCCGGCCACGACGCCGUGUGCGGCGGCCUGGCGUGGGCGAGGGGGGCGUGCUCUCUCGCGGUCGCCACCCGGGGCGUCAGCUGCUCCGACUACUGUGGGCAGCAGGGCAGCGAGUGCCUCGCCGCCGCCGACAACGCCGGGAACGGCUGCACGGUGAGCCUGGACCCCCAGGGGCGGAUGCUCCUCAGCAUGCUCGGCGUGGCCCUGUCGCCGAGCUCCAGGCAGUUCCUCAAGCAGACCGACCACGGCGGGCGCCCAGCGUCGUCGUCGAGGAGGAGGAGGAGGAGGGCCCCCCCACGGCAGGGCAACGCCGACCUGCCCGACCACUUCGCUGCCGGUGCGCCGCUCGCCUCCCCCACAGGCGCCCCGGCCGCACCCGCCGCCGACGACUCCCCGUUCGGCGGCGCCGCGCCGAUCGCACCGCGGAGGAGCAGGAGCGCCGGCCCAGCCUCUGGCAGCAUCGCGAGCCUGCAGCGCCCGAGCACGCCAGGGCCAGCGGCGCUGCCAGAGCAGCCCGCGAGCCCGGGGGUCCCCGAGACGCCCGAGGUCGAGGACAACUUGCACCCCGCCGCUGCCGCCAGGACUCCUUGCUGGAAUGUCCCCGAGACGCCCGAAGUCAAGGACAACUUGCACCCCGCCGAUGCCGCCAGUUUUUGGGGUACUCCGUUGGAGAGCCCGCAGCCUUGGAGAACUCAUGGCGGCGCCGCGGCCGCGGCGGCGCUGCUCCAGGCCCACGCGGCGGCGCACGCCAGCGCCGCGGCGGCCGUGGAGGGCUCCCUCGCAGGCGCUCCUCGGCAUGUGCCGGAUUGGUACAUCAACUGGUACCCCGGCUAUUCGAUGGACGUGAUCCGCCACUGGUAUUCUAAGGUCAUGGAGAGGUUCGGCAUGGAUCCGACUUUGCCGCGCGAAGGGCAAAUGACCAAGGUGUCAAUAUGGUUCUCUACAGCCCUACGCCAUAGUCCAUAUUGGAAGGACGGAUUCAGCCGACACUUCGAAAAGAUCAGCACUUUCGAUCCAUACGAUGGCUGGGUUGUUGUUGACGAUCUGCUGACAAACUGGACUGAAAAUGAUCAGUGGAAAGGCUAUCGUGAAAUGCACGAGGUGCUGAUCAAGGGCAGGCCCCACACGUCAUACGUGUAUUGGGUGCUGCUAAACUGCUGUGAGAUGAUUGACCAUCACGGCAUGCAGAAGGGCAGGCUCCAGAUGAAGUGCGUUGAGCUCGUGCCGUGCGAGAGCGCGUUCUGGACUGCGACGCGCAGGUUCGCACCGGCGAGGCACCUGCAGGUAGGCGCGUCCGGAGCUGAGUGGCUCGGGCCGGCGCCACAGGGGCAUGAGGGCGCGGGCAGCGCCAUGAAGAGGCAGCGGACGGGCGAGGUCUCGACCUCCAUGCACCAGCAGGUGCUGAACAUGCUGGGGGAGCACAAGGGCGUGCGCUCGGCGAGGUUCGUCGACGCGCUCGCCUCCCGCCGCCUCGGCGACGGCGCCCGCGAGACGACGGUGGGCGUGCUCAAGGGGGUCUGGCACAAGAUCGGCGCGGUCGGCGGCGGCCCCGCGUGUCGCCAGGAGCCGAUCGACGACCCCGCCGCGCUUAACACGUCCGGGCUCUUCCUGUUCUACGCGCGACAGGUCGAGCAAGGCUGGGCGCGGCGGGUCGCGAGCUCGACGCUGGACGUCGGCGCUGCGUGCUCGUGCCCCGACGGCUGCGCGCGCGCCGGCGGCGACGGCGACGCCGGGGAGUGGCCGCAGGAGCUGUGCCAGGACAUAAAGCGUGACAUUUCUGAUUGCUCGGACUUGUUGGCGAAACGUCCCGGCAGCGAGGAGCUGCAGAACAAUUUGGCCGCAUCCCUGUGCAGUCGCAUGCAAUUGCUGCCAGCGCUUUCAGCGCCAGAUGCGAUCGUCCUCACCGAGUUGCUUAAAGAGAAGUGCACUGUGGGCUCCGUGAAGCGUGCAGUGCUGUCGGCAGUCGAUACCAAGGUCGCCAACAUCGCUACAUCGGCCCCAAGUGGCAUCACCGAUGCUGGUCUAACGGGCAAGGAUUGGAUGGUCCUGGAGGACCACAGAGCCGCGGCUUCGGUUGCGGGUCGCGUCGCGCAGGAGGGUUGCGAGAAGCAGGCGUUCAACGCCUUGGUCAGUAAGGGCACCCGUGCACUGAAGAAGAAGCCUGCUGCAGCGGAUGUUGCAAAGAAGCCAUCGGCGGCCACUCCCGCCCUGAAGACGCCCGCCGCGUCGAAGGCGUCCAAGGGCGAUGCAGUCAACAUCGUGUUUGAGCCAAGUGACCGCCAAUGCACGAUGAAUGCGUUCGCUUCCAGGCGGCGCGGAAGGGCGUUCAGGUGGGCCAAGGCCAACGGCCGCAACGAGAAGCAGUUACUCAUCUUUGCCAAGGAUGCCUACAGGUCGGCAAGCGAGACCUGGAGGAACAAGAAGAAUGCUUGA